GUUCUUGCUUUCUUAGCCACCAUGACUAGAAAGAAGGUUAAGCUUGCAUACAUCACUAAUGAUUCUGCAAGAAAAGCAACCUUCAAGAAAAGGAAGAAGGGUCUAAUGAAGAAGGUAAGUGAGCUAAGCACCCUUUGUGGGAUUGAAGCUUGCGCGAUAAUUUGUAGCCCGUAUGACACUCAACCUGAGGUUUGGCCCUCUCCUCUGGGGGUCCAGCGUGUGCUAAGCCAGUUCCAGAAAUUGCCUGAGAUGGAACAAUGCAAGAAGAUGGUUAAUCAGGAAAGUUUCCUUAGGCAAAGAAUCACAAAAGCCAAUGAGCAUCUCAAGAAACAGCGAAAGGACAACCGUGAGAAGGAAGUGACACAUGCCAUGUUCCAGUGCUUGACUGGGAAGAGCUUGCAAAACCUGAACCUGAUGGAUUUGAAUGAUCUGGGAUGGAUGGUUGACCGAAACUUGAAGGAAAUUAACAAGAGGUCUGACUCACUUAAGAAUGUGACUAUUUCCCAAAUGGCAGCAGGACCUAGUGGAGAGCAUCCCUCACAGAGGGCAGAAGUGCCGGCUUUUGAGGAGAACAAUGAUAACAUGCACAGGCAGCAGUGGUUCAUGGAUUUGCUGACUCCACAAGAGCCUCUGGGAUUUGGGGGGCCGGAUGAGAUGAUGUUGCCAUUCGUGGAUAACAACCAAAAUCCUCCUUGGUCUAACACCUUUUUCCCUUGAGGGUUGGCUUAUUUACGAAUCAUGGUGUUUUAGCUGGCUGGAGUUGGAGCACAGUAUAGCUGUAACACUCCUAGAAUCCAUUUCGGUAUUUUAGCUUGCUGCUGGAGUAGGAACACAUAUUUCUAUACCCCUCCUAGAAUCCACUGUACCUAAAUAAGUCCUCCUCGGUUAAGCUAUAUCAUGUUCAAGAUAUUUCGCUUAGUUUGCAU